CUUCUACUGAACCUUUUGGGGAGAUCUAGGAGGAGUUUAAGACUGUGACUAGACAUCCAAUGGACUCACCAAAGAAGCUUAACCCAACCGGGACCCUGGAGUCUUCUCAGACGCCCCAUGAAGAAUGUUCAGCUAACACUCAAGCUGUCUCAGAAGUACUAGCGAAGGACCUUGGGAAAUUGACUCUCAACCCUAGUACUAAAUUCCCUCCCCUUCUACCAGAAAGUUCACCCAAACAGCAGGACAAAGGAAAAAGCUUACAGGGGCUUGGACUGGGGCUGAGUCAAGGCCUGCUCUACAGUAGGAGGCGUGGAGUGAGGACAUUGGCGACUGCUCGGAGAGAAAGGAUGCAAAGGAUGUUACAAGUUAUUAGAUACCGCACCCUGUCUCUGCUUCAAAAAGACCCACAGGAGAGGAAACUUGAGAUUGAAUCGAGAUCCAGAAGAUUUAGAUGUAGCUGUCGCUAUUGCCUAUAUCAUGGAGAUCCUUCUGAUAAUAUUACCAUGGAGAAUAAUUAUGACAUGGAGUCAGUUUAG